AUGUCCGUGACAGAACGGACGAAAGCUCAGCCCGGAGUCAUCGGAAUGAGUAAAGGUCUUCUUCUCACAAUUCAACAGACAAUAGGCCAAGGCAACCCUCCUGCGGUAUCCGGUGAGGCAACUCUACGAAUCCCUUCGACCGGCCUUUUUAAACGAAAUGAGAGGUACGCCAGUAUCAAUCUAUUUAGGGCUUCUUUGAAACCCAGCUUCUCUGCAUAUCUCGUAAUUAGAACAAAACUUUACGUCAGCCCCGGAAUGAAUACAAGAGUGAGUCUUAGCUCUGAAGAUAUUUAUCAAAUGACGAACGAAAGGUGA